UAUAAUGGCAGACAGGACUUGUACAUUGCUGACUCAGCCAUAUGAAGCUGCCUCAGGUUUUACAUCAAAGAAUACUCUAAGUAUUUUUGAGAAUUUAUGGGAUGAAGAUACAGCUGUAUACUCUGAUUGUGACGAUGUGGAUAAAGAUCUCAAUUAUAUUCCCUUUAUUAAUUUGGAGACUUCUAUUAAUCCAAUAAAUAUAGCUGAUGUCAUUAUUGAAACACAUCACAAUACUGGCCAAAUUAAUCAAGAUAUUACAUUAAGGAAACGUAGGAUGUCUAAAAAUGAAAAGUAUACUCAACAAGUCAAGAUGAAAGAAACUCAAAAUAAAAAACAAAUUGACAAACACCCUAUUAUUCUAAAGACUUGUGAUGGUAAGUGUAAGAAACAAUGCCCUCUGUUGAGUAAUGAGCAUCAAAAAGAAAUUUGGAAAAAUUUUUGGAGGCUAAAUUAUACAGACCGCCGGAAAUAUUUAUCAAAAUGUGUAACUUUGGUCCCUGUAAAACGAAGAAGAGUUUCAGCUAAUGAUGAUAUUAAUUUCAAAAAACAUAAAAGUCGUUUUUAUUCAUUGACCCAUCCUGAGUUGAAAGUUGAAUUAACUAUUUGCAAAAAAACAUUUUUACAAACACUUGGGUACACAAAUGACUCUGUUAUAACUGAGUUGGUAGCAGCCGUGGAAAAGGAUUCAUGUGGGCAGUAUAUUAAAGAGAAUAGAGGUAGAUCCAGAGUUGACAUUAUUGAUCGAGAGGUAAUUGUUAAACAUAUUGAGUUGUACCAUCCCUGUAUAAGUCACUAUAGACGACAUAAUGCACCUAAUAUUCGUUAUCUACCUCGUGAGUUGACUCUAAAGGAUAUGUUUAAAGAUUUUUCAUCCAAAUAUCCAAAAUACUGUGACAUUGAAACGUAUAGAACAACAUUGAAAAGACAGAAUGUAUCACUUAAUCAACCUAAAGCCGACGAUUGUGAAGACUGUUUAAGUUUUGUAGCUGAUCCAGAUGAUGUAAACCAGGCAACAAAUUCAGUUUUAGAACUUCAUAAAACUAAAGCUAAUAAAGCUAAUGCUGAGUACAAAAAAGAUUCUCAAGAAGAAGAUAAUUAUGAAACUAGAUAUUAUUCAAUGGAUCUACAAAAGGUGAUACUCUUACCAUACUUACCUAAUAUCAAAGCAUCAUAUUUCACUAGUAGAUUAGUAGUAUUCAAUGAGACUUUUGCUACAAUUAAAAAAGGAAGUUCAUUCAUGAGCUACUGUGUUUUAUGGCAUGAAGGUAUAAAUGGCCGAAAAGCCGAAAAUAUUACUGAUUCUAUCUUGAAAGUAAUUAGCAAAGAAAUAGAUGUGACCAAAUUUGUAUUUUGGGCAGACAAUUGUACAGCCCAAAAUAAAAAUUGGACUUUAUACACAGCAUUAAUAACAAUAGUGAAUCAAACUUUUGGGCCUAAUGAAAUAAUUAUCAAAUAUUUAACCAAAGGCCAUACUCAUAUGAGUGCAGAUGGGAUACAUGGCAACAUUGAAUCUAAAAUAAGAACAAUAAAAAACAUACUCAGGUGGGUGAUCAUCAUCCCCUACGAAUAA